AGCUAUUUAAAAAUGGACUUUUCCCUUGCACAGCAAGACAAAAUCAAAUGCCACCAUCUUUGCUUAUACCCCAAAGCACCCAACCACACCACUUAAUUGUAGUCCCCCAGAAAAAAUAAAAAGCACAGAGCUCCAGACACGAGAGAGAGAGAGAGAGAGAGAGAGAGAGAGCUCUUCUUCUGUUGCACUGUGAGAAGACUUGUUAUAAAAUGCUUCUUGAACAAGAAUAUUUGAAUGUGCGUGCUAAGGUGGCCUCACUCCCAACUGACCUUAAUCAUGCUGUUGCUUCUCCACAUAAUAUAUUCUUAAUGAUCUGAGUUUCUCACCACAUGGUGGACAAGAAUCCGCCCAUUUCAAACUAUCAGCAAUUUUUCCGCGCCAAGUCGACUCUGUCACAGACGAUGGUGGCUUCAACUCCUGCCAAAAUUCUCAUUGGCAUCCCUUUAGAUGCAGACUACAGCAAGGAACUUCUGUCUUGGGCAGUCCGAGUUUUAGCCCAGACAAAUGACACCAUAGUUGCCUUACACGUUCUUGUAAAGGAGCAGACAAAGAAGCUGACUUUAAUUACCAAAGACCAAACUCGGUUCCGUCGAGCAAAGGCGUUUGUCAUAUCCGUGAUGGGAGAGUUUGCCAAGGCUUGUCAGUCCAAGCAGAUAAAUUUGGAGGCAAAGGUUGCCUUUUGCUCUAGCGUUGGAAGAGGCCUAACUGAGGAAGCAAAUCACAUCACCGCCGAAUUUCUUCUUGUGGGUGGCUCUAGAAACAGAUCAAAUGGAACCUUACAAGAAAUUCUGAGGUAUUGUUUCCAGCAUGCCCCAGACAAUUGCGCAGUGAUAUCAAUUGGGAGGUGUCCAAAACUGCGACAGAUUUUGGACUCAGAUUCCUCACAUUCUAAAGGCCUUCGGCAAUUGAGUUCGAGGGGGUUGAGCAAGAGCAGUUAUGUUGGCGGGCCUGCUUCCUCUGCUCAAACUUUAGCUGUUUCGAAAGCGAAAAGAGAAAAGACUUCACCAAAAUCUGUGUUAGUUGGGUCAGAAAGAGAAUCAAAUAGCACGGAAGAAGACACAUCUAGCUUUGAGGAUUCUAGCGUCACAGAAUCGCCUCCCCAGGGCCCCAAACAUAGAAGAGGUCAACGCCACACAAGGAAGCAAUCAUCAGUGCUCAAGCUUAUCUCUUCUUUCUUCAACUCGCCAUUUGAUAUAAAUGGAAGAGAGAGAAAUGAAAAUUCACUCAAUCCCGAAAAGCACCAAUCAUUUUUAAGGUGCUUCAGCCACGAAGAGAUUUCAAAAGCUACUAAUGAUUUCCACCCUGAAAAUUUGGUGGGACUUGGUGGAUACUCAGAAGUAUACAGAGGUGAUCUUUCCUGUGGAAGGGAGAUUGCAGUGAAGAGGCUAGCCAAGGAUAACUCUGACCAAAACAAGGAAAAGGAGUUUCUCGUGGAAUUGGGCAUAAUUGGACAUGUCUGCCAUCGAAACACUGCGAAAAUAAUUGGCUUCUGUGUUGAAAAUGGUUUCCAUCUGAUCUUCAACUUCUGUCCAAACGGAAAUCUGGCCUCUGCCCUGCAUGGUGGAACAUGCAACUUACUAGAAUGGUCUGUUAGAUACAAGAUUGCCACGGGAAUUGCAAGGGGUUUGCAUUACCUUCACAAAUGCUGCAAGCACCGAAUAAUACACCGCGACAUAAAAGCAUCUAACGUCCUCCUUGGGACAGAUUAUGAGCCACAGAUUACGGAUUUUGGGCUUGCAAAAUGGCUUCCAAACAAAUGGACUCACCACGCUGUGAUGCCCAUCGAGGGUACAUUUGGAUAUCUUGCACCGGAGUAUUUCAUGCACGGCAUUGUAGAUGAGAAAACUGAUGUCUUCUCAUUCGGGGUACUUCUUCUGGAGAUCAUAACUGGACGGAAGCCUGUGGACUCAUCAAAACAAAAUCUUCUGCAUUGGGCACAACCACUUAUGGAAUCUGGCGACAUCAUCAAACUAGCUGAUCCAAAACUGGGAGGCAAAUACGAUGUGGAUCAAGUGCGUCGACUAGUCCUGGUAGCUUCAUACUGCAUAAGACAAUCCUCCAUGUGGCGGCCAUCGAUGACAGAGGUGUUAGAAUUUCUAACUAGUGAUCUUGACUCUGAGAUUGCAUGGAGCUGGAGGAUGUCAAAGUGCACGGAUUAUGAUACGGAUGAUUACUCCAUGGUGGUUGGAUGCAAUGUUUCAACAGAUAUUAUUUUGGAGGAUUUAUAAUACUCGACCCCAUUCCCCACUUUCUUUUCCCCCAUAUUGUUUUGGCUUUAUUGUAGGCUUUUCUUGUAAUGGGAACAGAGAAUCUUGAGUUGAGUAGUAGACCAGCAGCCUAGCCCAAAAAGAAGAAGAAGAAGAAGAAGAAGAAGAAGAAAGAAAGAAAGAAAGAAAGAAAGAAAAAGAAAGAAACAAGAAUAGUAAAUCAGAAGCAACCUUUUUGGCUUUCAUCUAUGUAAUUUAUGUCAUUUUGGAUAUUUGGAUAAUUCUAUAUGAAACAAUCAAGGGAGGUUUGAAGUGGAAA